UCAUGCCAUUCUCUCAACUUUUUUAUUCAAAGUAUCGUCUAAAAUUUUCGAGUUUAAUCCUACGAAAUUAAAACUCAUGAUUAUUUACUAAAAACAUCCAUAAACACCCUCUAAUUAAAAUCAGACUCUUUCCACAAUUUGCUCUACAUAUCACAUAAGUGCUUAACCAUUCUUUGAAUUUAAAGAGUAUGCGCACAAUUAGAACAGCCACAGUUAAAAAGAAUCAAUAAACAGAAGUCGUAGUUAUGCGCACAGCCACCACGAUAGCGAAUAACAGAACUCUUCUUCUCCAAUGUUCACCCUUACCCUUACCUCAAUUGUUCCUACGCGUGCGCCAUCAUUCAUCUACCAAAUUGUUCGUCGCAGGGCUUUCGUAUAACACAAAUGAAACGGUCCUAAGAGACACAUUUGAACAACAUGGGGAAAUCAUUGAAGUUAAAGUAAUAUGUGACCAUAAAACUGGGGAAUCAAAGGAGUACGGGUUUGUUAGGUUCAAUUCUGAAACUGCAGCUGCCACAGCUCGCAAAGAAUUGCACGGAAAGAUAGUGGACGGCAGAAGAAUUCGAGUGGGUUAUGCGCACAAAGGGUGACCACCAAGUUUAUCAAACAAUUCAUAAUACUCCCAGAGCUGCAACAAAUUUAAACUCUAAUUUGAUACUCUGAUUCUGUUUUAGUUUAUUAUUGUAUACGAACAUCUGGGUAAUUAUUAUACAAAAAUCAGAAACUCGUCUUUAAACUUAUUUGUCAAGGCAUGAUUCCAAAUCAUAGAGAAGUAGUCUCUCUUGCAACACUUUAAAGAUUGGACUUGUGAAGUUAUUUAUAGUUUUAACAUAGAAUUUUUCUGUAUUUUAACAAAAAAUACAGUACUGAAAAUAUAUUUGAUUAGAUUUAAGCAUAUAAAAAAGUGAAUUGAAAAACUGUCUUUUAACAUAUCCUAUUGAGCCUAUUCGCAACUCUCAAUUGAAAAGACAAUAUAGUUGACUUAUACUCAUAGCAAAAUUUGUCCGGAUUCAGACACUUCCCAUUCGCAGUGAUUCUCUUCUGAACAAACUGAAAUGACGGAUUAUAAGUGACGUAGAGGAUCUAAUAAUGAGGUGACAGUUACUUUGAUAAACUUUAUCCUCACUAAUCUACCUGUUUAUUAUUUAUCAUUUUUUAAAGCUCCAGCUAAAGUGAUUUUGGAAAUUACUAGUAUCUACAGGAAUUUCUUUUGGCAAGGGUCAGCAGAGAAGAGGGGCAUAGCAUGGAUAAGUUAAGCAUCUAUAUGUAAGGAUAAAAAAGAGGGUGGAAUAGGAAUCAAGGAUGUAGCUAGCUUCAACAUAGCAUUGUUAAGCAAAUGAAUUUGGAGGUUCAUCAAGGAAGAUAGGGCAAUUUAGGUGGGGAUUUUGCAGGAGAAAUAUGGAAAGCUACACAGAAGAUUGUGGUUUAAUGAAGGACCAAGAAAAAAAAACAAAAGAAUCACUGUGAUAGAGAGACUUGAUGAAGUUUGAAGGCUUUAAUGUGGCUGAUGGGAUUAUGCACAUGUUAAUAUGCAGGCUACGUGAUGGGGAGAGUAUUUCAUUCUGGUCUACUAAAUGUUUGGGACACUUCCUUGGUAAAUCAGUUCCCAAACUUGUAUCAUGUCUGUACUAACAAAGUAGGCAGUAUGAAGAACACGGGUGAGUGGAGUGGUGGUCAUUGGCAGUGGAGAAUAGGCCGGAGCAUAUCAGAGGAGGGACCUGUUAGAGACGGAGAAGAGGCAGAAAAAGAAAAAUCGCUAGAAAUUUUAUUAGAGAUCACUCCUAGUAAUCAAGGAGACUUGGUGGUACGGUCAUAUGGAAAUGAAAAUACAUUCUCAGUUAAAUCCUGCUAUGUUAAAAUUAUGCAGAUACCGGCCGAUUCCUGCUUGAAAGGUAUAGAUUAAAUCAGUCACUAAAUGUGAUAAAGGUAUUUGGAUGGAGAUUUUUCCAUGACAGAUUACCAACAAGGAUGCAGCUAUCUAGAAGGGGGAAUACUUAUAGUUCUCAUGAAAAAGUAUAUGAUAAAGUAUGUGUGCUCUGUUUCAGACAGAAGAAAAUAUUGAUCAUGUAAUGUUAAAUUACCCUAUGGUGAAAAAAAUGUCGGAUAAGAUUCAGAUUUAACUGGGUAGACAUUGCUGAUGAAAAAGAUUGUUGCAAAAAAAUGUCGGAUAAGAGUCACUUCUUGAAGGUUGUUACGAUUGUUAUGAUGUUGAAAGGGCUACGUAACAGAAGGGUGGAAGUCAUAUUCAAAGUAGUAGGACAUUCAGAAGAAAUUGCAAUAGGCUAACUCAAUUGUAAUUUUUAUGAGUGGGGUAAUAAUCCACUUGAUUAUCUUAAAUUGUAUUAAAAAUUUCCUUGAAUGUAUGAUUCAUUAUGCGUUAAGAGUACCCCUAGUAUCUUCUUUAAAUACAAA